UCCUGGGCUGAUCUUGCGAUGCUUAGCCAGGCAGUUGAGGGAAAUUUGGAAAGAGCCUUCCUGAGAUGACUGUGCCUAGCAUCAGCCCCAGUUGCAGUGGUGUGGUGAACAGCGUCUGGUGCAGCAGCAGCAGCAGCACUGUUGGCAGCAGCAGCAACAGCAAUCACCGAUAUGGGCAAGAAGAGCACAACCUGAGUCCCACCGGCCACCUCAUCACUGCCAUCUGCCUCGGCAUCAUUGGGAGCCUGGGCUUCCUGAACAAUCUCCUGGUCCUGGUGCUUUUCUGCCGGAACAAAGUGCUGCGGUCUCCCAUUAACUUGCUGCUGAUGAACAUUUCGUUGAGUGACCUGAUGGUGUGCAUCAUGGGCACCCCAUUCAGCUUUGCUGCCAGCACUCAGGGAAAGUGGCUUAUCGGGUGGGCAGGCUGCGUGUGGUAUGGCUUCGUCAACACCUUCUUUGGUACAGUGUCACUUAUAUCCCUGGCUGUGCUUUCAUAUGAACGAUACUGCACAAUGAUGGGAACAACAGAAGCAGAUGCUACAAACUACAAGAAAGUAUGGCUGGGAAUAUUAUUGUCCUGGACUUAUUCGUUAUUCUGGACUUUACCACCACUUUUUGGAUGGAGUAGCUAUGGACCAGAAGGACCAGGCACAACAUGUUCAGUUAACUGGCAUUCAAGGGAUGCUAACAACAUAUCUUACAUCGUUUGCCUCUUCAUCUUUUGCCUUGUCAUUCCUUUUUUCAUUAUUGUUUACUGCUAUGGGAAGCUGCUGUGUGCCAUAAAGCAGGUGAGUGGAGUAACCAAAGGGAUGGCUCAAACACGAGAGCAACGUGUCUUGAUCAUGGUAGUUGUGAUGGUCAUUUGCUUUCUGCUUUGCUGGCUGCCUUACGGAAUUGUGGCCCUGAUCGCAACUUUUGGGAAACCUGGCCUAGUUACCCCCUCUGCUAGUAUCAUCCCAUCCAUCCUUGCGAAGAGCAGUACAGUCUACAACCCAGUCAUCUACAUCUUUUUGAACAAACAGUUUCACAGGUGCUUUUGUGCUCUUCUUCAGUGUGGCAAGAAGUCAAGCACUUCCAGCAACAAAUGUUCCUCAAGGUCAACUCGAGUGUGUCGCUCUAUCCGGAGACAGGACAACAACUUCACAUUUGUUGCUGCUUCAGCAGGACAGCCAUCCUCAGAGCACCAGGAAGAAACCAUCAGCCUCCAGAACCCAGAACCAAUGACAGCCAACGGCCCCAAGACAAAACAGACAGUGUUGCUUGUAGCUCAUUAUAGUGCUUGA